AUUUAUUUAUGUCGUCGGCAGAAGGAGAGUAGGAGAGUAGUGCAAGGUGCAACUUGUCAUUUUAGGUCCAAAAACAGUUCGGAAAUUUUGUUUUUGUUCCCUUGUGCAAAAAUAUUAAUUCCAUUGGAUAAAUUCAAGUGAACACAAGAUUAAAAACAUGAUUUCAAAUACGGGUAAACUUGCUGGUCGAACACUGUUUAUUACUGGGGCCUCUCGAGGAAUUGGUAAAGCAAUAGCUUUAAAAGCAGCUCGUGAUGGUGCUAAUAUUGUUGUUGCUGCCAAAACUGCAACUGCACAUCCCAAAUUGCCAGGGACUAUUUAUAGCGCUGCCGAAGAGAUUGAAAAGGCCGGAGGAAAAGCAUUGCCUUGCAUAGUCGACAUCAGAAAUGAAGAGCAAGUUAAAGAUGCCGUCGCACAAGCUGUAAAUAAGUUUGGGGGAAUAGAUAUAUUAGUAAAUAAUGCCAGUGCAAUCUCUCUAACGCCCACAGAAAAUACAGAUAUGAAAAAGUUUGAUCUCAUGCAUCAGAUUAAUACUAGAGGAACAUUUUUAGUAUCAAAGGAAUGCCUGCCACAUAUACAAAAGAGCUCGCAUGGACACAUUUUAAAUAUUUCUCCACCGUUGAAUAUGGAUCCUGAUUGGUUCAGAGACCAUGUUGCAUACACAAUGGCUAAAUAUGGAAUGAGUAUGUGCGUUUUAGGUAUGGCUAGAGAAUAUCAAAACAAAAAUAUUUCUGUAAAUGCACUUUGGCCACGAACAGCUAUUUAUACAGCUGCAAUGGAGAUGUUGGCAGGGGACAGUGCUGCUGAAGUGUCUCGUGUUCCUGAAAUUAUGGCUGAUGCUGCAUAUGUGGUCCUUAGCCAAACACCAUUGAAGACUACUGGUAAAUUCCUUAUCGAUGAUGAAGUUUUAGCAGAGGCUGGUGUAACAGAUUUUAAACAUUAUGCAAUUAAACCAGAAAACAGUGAUAAACUCAUGCCAGAUUUCUUCCUGGGAACAAACGCCAAUACAGUAGUGACGCCAGUUGGAAGUUCUGGAGGGUCAUCGAGUGGCAGUGUUGAUUUUUCUGGUAAAAUUGGUCAUUUGUUCCAAGUUAUUAAUGCCAAUUUGGGUCCGGAAAUUGUUCAGAGCACGAAUGCUAUUUAUCAAUUUGAAGUAACCGGUUCUGAGAAGAGCACAUGGCAUUUGAAUUUGAAAGAAGGAGCUGGUUCAGUCGGUAGAGGACCACCGACUAAACAAAAGGCUGAUGCUGUUCUUACAAUGGACACUGAUAAUUUCUUGAAAAUGUUUGGAGGUCAACUUAAACCAGCAGUCGCCUACAUGAUGGGCAAGCUGAAGAUCUCCGGAGAUCUUCAAAAGGCUAUGAAACUGGAAAAGCUGAUGGCAAAGCUAAAAUCAAAAUUGUAAACAAAAAAAUUAUUAUAUUGUAAAAAGUAUUGCAGGAUUUUCAUCUGUCGUCUGGGAAUUGAAAUGUGUCUUUUCUACAUGUGACUGUUUUUGUACCUA